CUGGGAUUCCGAUUCCUAGAAGUUUGGCAAAAGCUUAACAUUGAAUUAACAGUCAUUGAGCAGUGGAUAAGAAAUAUAUUAUUUAAUUAAUAACGCAUUCAAUUGAAUUUGAAAUGAAUGAGACUUACUAUAGAAUAUCGUGGAAUAGAGAGAGAGAGAGAGAGAGAGAGAGAGAGCUUUAUAUUAUUGAUUUUAUAUUUAUUACUGAAAAUUGUAAAAAGAUUGUGACGGAAAUGGAUUUCGAUGCGAUUCCUCGCGUUGUAUACCCUAUCAGUGGAAAUGUGACGGAUUUGCCGAUUGCAAGGAUUUUUCGGAUGAGAAAAACUGCUACAACUGUACGGAAAAGCAGUUUCACUGCGGGAACAGAGUCUGUAUCUCUGAGUCAGAGAUAUGCGACGGAUUUAAGGACUGUCCGGAUGGCAGGGAUGAGAGGCAGUGCUUGCGUUUAAGUAAAUCGAUGAAAGAGUCUGGAGAGGGAAGACUGGAGGCGUGGAGUGUAGACACCAAUACAUAUCAAGCGGUUUGCGGAGAGCACUGGAAUGCCAGCUAUCAGAGUGAGACGGCAUGUCGUCUAUUGGGGUAUAAGAGUCUCAAUGAGACACGAAUUAGAGACGAGACCACCACACAGUCUAUGGAGCUCUACAAUAGGAUCGGAACCGCUAUUAACAGACAAACUCAGAUGAAAGUGCUUUUUGAUAAGUCGAGGAAUAAGGGCUGUAGGAAUGGCAAGAAUAUGACCGUUCAUUUGAAAUGCAAUCAUUUC